AUGGAUUUGUAUCCCACGCUUGAAAUGUCAUUGAAUGAAGCUUUGAAUCGUGAACACAAAAAACUUGUUCGUACUACAUUUGUGUCCAGUGCAUCAAGCGUUACCAAUCCAGAAGCAGUUUUUACAUCUCAAUAUAUGUAUGUAUUUGCGUUUGUUAAGGCUUUUUUACAAGAUCUACUUAGCUUUUAA